AUGGAAGGUAUGUCUGGUAAAGUGAACAGAGAUUUAUUCUAUAAGCUAGCUUCUGAGCUGGGAGAGGAGCGAUUACAAGCGGCAGUGUCAAUAAUUCAGGAACUUUCUGCCUUAAAAUUGCCAGAUCACACUGAAGAAUGGAACUACGUUUUAGGAAGGUUGAUAAAGGGUCUUUCAUCUGAUAGGACCGGUGCCCGUUUAGGGUUUUCAUUGUGCCUCACAGAAGUCAUCAAUUUAGCGAUUGAUUUAGCCGGUAAAGGUGUUGAACUCGAUAGUCUAUCUAAUAUUGAUCAAUAUUUGACUAUUUUAUCAGAAACAUUGUCUAUCGACGCAGGUAAUAAACAAAACAAUAAGAAAAUGAAGGGGAAAGAUGAGCGUGGUUUAUUAUUCGGGAAAAUGUUUGGUUUAAAGGCCCUAUUGAACGAACCUCUAUUUAGCAAGACUUUCCUACCUAACAAGAAGGUAGCCUCUAAUUUUUGUGAAAGAUUCAUGGUAGAGCUACUUGAUUUGGCAUCCAGAAAAAAUUGGAUUAGAGAACCUUGCUUAUUUACAUUAUUUCAGACAGUCGAAAAACUAUUACCAUUUGCUGAUUUUGAAUUUAUCAAGAUCGUAUUAGGAUUACUGGAUGAUCACAAGUUUACCUUAACGAAUGAAGGUUUAGCCAUUUAUCUCCUAUUAUUACACAAGGGUCCUGAAAAAGGCAAGGAAUUCAAUGAUAAAAUAAAAUUACUAGUGCUGAAAAACUCGUCAUGGAAACUAAACGAUCCUUUGGCAAGAGGUAAUCUACCACGAUUAACUCAAGUGUUGCGAGAAUCUUCAUUAGCAAGCGAAGAGAAAAAAGUCGAGGUGAUGUCUGCCAACUGGCAACCAAGACUGCAUUUCGUUUGGGAUAUAUUAUUGCCAACUGUGUCAACUAUCGAAAGUAAUUCAGAUGAAAAACAUAUGAGUAAGAGAAGAAAGAAAAAUAAAGGACCAGAGACUAAUACUUACAUCCGAUUCCCUGAAUUUUGGCAAAUGACUGUAGAUGAAUCAUUCUUCAAUGAAAAGGCAUCUAGUGAAAGAAAAUACCUGGGAUUCUCUAUUUUCGAGAGAGCAAUCAGUAUUGUUCAAAAUCCACUUCAUAGCGAAACUUGUUUCAGUCAAAAUUUCAUGAGAUCAUUAAUUAACCAAUCCAGCGACGCUAGCCGUUUAUUACACAAAAUAUCCACGAGAGUAAUGAAUACGAUCGUCAAGGCCUGUGAGGAGUCUCCUUCAACCAAGCUUAUUCCGGUAAUUCACUCUAUCUUAUUUGCAACUAAUGGUUCUACCAACUUCGAUAAAUUAACAAAAUCCAAAACUGUGUCAAAACUUAUAUCUAUCACGGGGUUAACACUACACACACUUCUUCAAUUAUUUGAUAUGCUAACAUCGCAAAUCAAAGUAGGAACGUCUGAAGAUUUCAAGAAAACUCAAUUCAUCUUGGAUUCUCUGUUACAUAUUGUACGGAGUCACAAACAAGAUAUUUUUGACAGUUGUACUGGUAGUACUGAAACUGAACUAAUCAUUAAACAUGCUAUCGCUCCACUGGUACGCUUAGCCUUCUUUGCUCAAACUGACAUUGCUAAAAAGGAAGAUGAAAGUGAUAACCAAGUAGAUGAAUUGGCCAAGGAGAGAUUGUUUUCAGUAUUGAGCGAAUUAACAACCACCACCAACAAACAACUACACUCAUGGCAAUACUAUACACUUUUAGAAAUUAUCGACAGAGAGAAUGAAAAUCCAAACAGUUUAAUAAAUAAAAUGGAUGACGACUUGAAAACUGUUAGAGACAAUGCCAUCAAGGUAAUAAAGGGAAUAGCCUCAAAAAAUGAAAAAACUACCAGUAGUGGAGAACGGGGAUUAGAAUCAUUAUUAUCAAUGUGCUUGUUGCAAUUAUACUCUGGUGAUGCUGAUUCUGUUGCCACCAUCGAGGAAUUAAUUACGUUCUACAAUGCUAGCAGGGAUGUUGAAGAAAAAAGAACAAUGGUAGGUAUAACAGAAAUUUUAUUAUCCUUAUUAGCUCAAAAAAAAGCAGUUUUGAAAAAAUUGAGUUUACUCGUAUGGGAACAAUUUGUUUCAGAAAUAGAUGAAGAUGUAUUGAAUUUACUCUUAGAUGUGUUGCCAGCGAGAGAGAAUAAGCAAGGCUUUGCUGAGCUAUUUGAAAAUGCUGAUGAGUAUGAGGAAGAUGACGAAGAAGAAAACGAAUACAAAGAGGAAAAUGAAAGUGAUGAUGAAAGUAGCAGUGACGAUGAGGAUGAUGAAGAAGGCGAUGAGGACGAUGAAGGUGCUGAAGGUGGCAAUGAAGCUAUCGCUAAGAUAGACAAAGAAGCAACUAGUGCAUUAGCAAAGGCUUUGAAUCUUCCAGAUGAUAUCAUCAAUGAAAAUGGUGAAGUUAACUUUGAUGAUUUAAGUGAUGGCUCUGAUAUUUCUUCUGAUGAAGAAUCCCUAGACGAUGAGAAAAUGAUGGAACUAGAUGAUCAAUUGGCAGAAAUUUUCAAACGUAGGAAGGAAGCAUUAUCCAGUGUCUCAACCGGUAAUCAGAGAAAAAUCGAAGUAAAAGAAUCGCGUGAAAGUGUUAUUGCUUUCAAGCACAGAGUAUUUGAUUUGCUAUCAAUUUACAUUAAACACGCGGAAGAUUCCGAACUUCCAGCAAAAUAUGCCAUUCUUUUUAUUGAACCGAUGAUGAAAUGUGUUCAGCAAACUUUGGAUAAAUCGCUAGCCGACAAGAUAUCCAAAUUGUUAAAGACAAAAGUCUAUAAGCUCAAGACCAAGAAUAUGGAAGAGAUUACUGCAGAACAAGUUUUCGAUCACAUGACCUCAGUUCAUGAAACCCUUCUUACUUCAAAACCUGGUCAAUAUCAGCCUACUUUUUACUCUCUGUGUUCGAGUACAUCGAUCUUUCUAAGCAAGUUACUAUUAUUGGUAUCUAAUGAUAAAGAGGAAGCUUACGGAAAGAUAGUUGACAUUUAUUCAGAAACAACAAAGAAAUGGGUUUUGAAAGAUAGCAAAUUUGGUUCUAAUAUCUUCAUCGAUUUCUACAAUUGGCUGUCCUCCAAAAAGAGUACAAAAUGA